CCAUGUGACAUGAACGCAGCACAAACAGUAGACAGGGGUUCUAGACGAAGGAGACGACGAGGAAGCAGCCUAUUUAUGAACUGAUAUGGGUGUUUUGUGUAGACAAUAUAAAGCUGGAGAUGGGGCUGUGAGCGGAGAAAUGCGGGUGUAGCUUUGCUGCUCUUCAGGCUUUUGUCCCCGCUUUACCUGAGAGAGACAGAGUCGGGAUGUUUUCAACCAACAUGGAAACAAAAAGAGUGGAGAUACCCUCCGGCGUACUGGACGACCUCUGCAGCCGGUUCAUCCUGCACAUCCCCAGUGAGGAGAGGGACAAUGCCAUCCGGGUGUGCUUCCAGAUCGAGCUGGCCCACUGGUUCUACCUGGACUUCUGCGUGCAGAACACUCCAGGAGCUCCUCACUGUGGGAUAAGAGACUUUGCCAAAGCUGUUUUCCAUCACUGCCCUUUUCUGUUGCCUCAUGGAGAGGAUGUGCAGAAAGUCCUGGAACAGUGGAAGGAGUACAAGAUGGGUGUACCUACUUAUGGAGCAAUCAUUCUAGAUGAAUCAUUAGAAAAUGUACUGCUUGUUCAGGGCUACCUUGCGAAGUCAGGCUGGGGCUUUCCAAAGGGGAAAGUUAAUGAGGAUGAAGCUCCUCAUGACUGUGCCGUGCGUGAAGUGAUGGAGGAGACAGGCUUUGACAUCAAGAAUCGCAUCUGCAAAGACAUGUACAUAGAGCAGAAAAUCACUGACCAGCUGGUGCGGCUGUACAUUAUACCAGGCGUGUCAAAGGAUACCAAGUUCAAUCCCAAAACAAGGAAAGAGAUCAGGAACAUUGAAUGGUUUCCUAUUGAGAAGCUGCCAUGUCACAGAAAUGACAUGACCCCAAAGUCUAAACUUGGACUUGCCCCCAACAGGUUUUUCAUGGCCAUUCCAUUCAUAAGACCAUUGCGAGAAUGGAUCAACAGGCUGAAAGGCGAGUCAACAGAUAGCGAUGAGGACUUUGCAAACAACAGCAACACUCCAUGCAAACCUUCAGACAACGCUCGGUCAAAAUCCCGCCGCCUCACAGGUACUGAUGCAUUUACUGGGAACGGCUGGACAAAACAUGUGCAGCAGAAGGCUGUGGGCCAGCUGAGCCAGUAUGAGCUGAACCAGAACCCAACCUUGAAGGGCAAUGGGAAAAAAUUUCAGGACUCGCCUUACGUGAAGAAAGGAGCCAGUGACAAUGGAACCAGCAGCCAGCAGGUGAAAACCAUAUUCAAAGAAGAUAAAAGACUUCAACCCAGAAGACUUCAAGACAGUUUUGAGAGAGAUGUAGCUCCAUGCAGCUCCAACGGUCACCAGACAGUCCACAGCAGAGACUGUGAACACCUGCUCUCCUCCACGGCUUUCCUCAACUUCAGAUUUGACAGAGAUGCCAUCAUGAAAUGUUUUGACUACUGACAUCGUGAAGCACUGUGCCUCUCCCGUAAUUUCCAAUUAUGGCCUCUGAGAAUUUUACCUUACAGUCCAGGCAACGGAUGUUGCUGAACAUGCCCCUUUCCUUCUUGCUUUGCUUGUCAUGAGCACACAUUUACAGUGGGGAGUUGCCUAUUUGUGAUUGAACACAUCCAGUAAGCUUCACUGGAGUUGUUUGCCUCUCCAGACCUUUUAGACAGGUGAUUAGACAGAAACAUAACUUUAUCUUUGAAUACCAAAAUUCAUGAUUCAUUCUGCGGGAGACAACACAUUGACUAUAAGGAGAGGAUUGCUCAGGUUAACCAUUUGUCUUUUAAAGGCAAAAGAUCAAAAGUUUUGAGAACAUAAUCAAUUUUAAGCACAUGUGAAGUGACAGUGAAAAGUCUAACAUGCCGGCGUGACAUCUUAGUAAAUUUGGCCAGUGAAUCAAUGUUAGAUUUAUCAUGUCCUGUUGAUUUUUAAGUCGUAAUAAUUUAGUUGUUGAGCAUUUCCUCCAUUCUUCCAGUUGAGUCCUAAAACUGUUUUAGAUGCUGAAGAAAGAUGGGUAUUAACAGUGUUAUUGGCUUGAUGUAUUUAUAGUGUUACUGGCUUUAUUACCAAAAUUAUUUCAGAUUUUAUCCAGGAGUGUAGAAUGUUAUAGAAUAAUGACUUGAGAAAGGAAGAACAAGUGGUCAUAACAACUUUGUCUUCACAAGUUGAAUGUCAUUAAAUUUAUGUGUUACUCUGUUGUAUUGAAGUU